GUGGGCGAAAAAAAAACAUUCGUCAAUUCACCGUCGUCGAUCGAACGCUGUAUUUUUUUCCAGUGCAAUAUUCGGCCGAUGAAUAAAAAGUGAUUUAAAGUACUUCUUAAAAAAAUAGAAUAAUAAAGUAAAUAAAGUCAGAACGAACCGCAGUGAGCGAGAGAGAGAGAUAGCGCGGAGAAAAUUGCUGCUGAGGUGUGUGCUUUGCGCGUGUGUGUGUGUGUGUGACGUUUACAGCAGCAGAAAGUUCGGUGUCGUCAAAAUUUUCGAGUAUUUUAAAGUUAAUGCAGGCGAUUCUCGAUCGGAUAUGAGUUGAUCGCGAGUCAUCGAUUUAAUAGGAUGUGAAGAAGUCUUGCUGAUUGCAAACAAAACUAGGAAAAAAACGAUAAACAACGGCAAUUUGUUGCUGCCGCAGCAGCAACAACAAAAACAACAACACCAGCACACUAACACCACCCCCCGUUCCAGCCUAACGGUUCAUUCACAGUGGCCGAAGAAGAAGAAGAAGAGGUUACCUAGAAAUUCCUCAAUAUCGAGUGACUACUGUCCCUGACGUCACAUCAUUGCCAAGGGCUCAAUUGCAAGUGCGUCGGAGCGAGAUAGCCAUGUGCAAAGCUGGGAGGAGCAUCAUGUGGCGGCUUUAGAGGAUCAGCUAAGGAUUAAUCAUCACGAAUCGGGAGCACUAUAGAUCGGAACGAGAUCGAGAUCGAGUUAACCAGGAGGGAGGCCAAGAUUCAGCAGGGAGAAGGAAGUAUAGACUGAGAUCCGGAGAUCGUCGUUCUGCGUCAGAAGAUGACCCUGACCACAACGACCACUGCCUCAUCAGCCGAGAGCCAAGCGAAAAUGGACGUCAAGGGCGGCGCACUUCCCGGCGAAGAGAACCUGCCCACCUCCGAGAUGGAUCUGCUGGCCAAGCUGGAGGCGGCCAACAAGCUCAUCGAGAGCGAUGCCAAGUCCCUCAACUCUCUGCACUCCACGCACAGUCGCAAGAACUCGGACACGAGUCAGAUUAGCCUGACGUCGAGCGGCAACUCGGUGGCCGAGGAGGACAUCUGGACGACGUGGGCGACCAUCCUGAACGACUGGGAGGGCGCGCUGAAGCGCAAGAAUCCCUGCGUGAAUGAGCUGGUGCGCCGCGGCAUUCCCCAUCACUUCCGGGCGAUCGUCUGGCAGCAGCUGAGCGGAGCGGCGGAGGCGGACAAGAAGCAGUAUGCGGAAUACAUCAAGGCGACGAGUGCCUGCGAGAAGGUCAUAAGGCGGGAUAUUGCUCGCACCUAUCCCGAGGUGGAGUUCUUCAAGGAGAAGGACGGACCGGGCCAGGAGGCGCUGUUCAAUGUGAUCAAGGCCUAUUCCCUGCACGAUCGCGAGGUGGGCUACUGCCAGGGCUCCGGAUUUAUUGUCGGCCUGCUCCUAAUGCAAAUGCCCGAGGAGGAGGCCUUCGCUGUGCUCGUCCAGAUAAUGCAGCAGCAUCGCAUGCGGCACAUGUUCAAGCCAUCGAUGUCGGAGCUCGGGUUGUGCAUGUACCAGCUGGAGAAUCUGGUGCAGGAGCAGAUACCCGACAUGCACAUCCACUUCCAGCAGCAGGGCUUCCAGACGACCAUGUACGCCUCCAGCUGGUUCCUCACUUUGUACACCACCACGCUGAAUGUGAAUUUGAGCUGCCGCAUCAUGGACGUCUUCCUCAGCGAGGGCAUGGAGUUUAUUUUCAAGGUAGCCCUGGCCCUGCUGCUCACCGGCAAGGAAACGCUGCUCUGCCUGGACAUGGAGGCCAUGCUCAAGUUCUUCCAAAAGGAGCUGCCCGGUCGCGUGGAGGCCGACGUCGAGGGCUUCUUCAAUCUGGCCUACUCGCUCAAGCUGAACACGAAGCGCAUGAAGAAGAUGGAGAAGGAGUACCAGGACCUCAAGAAGAAGGAGCAGGAGGAGAUGGCCGAGCUGCGGCGGCUGAGGCGCGAGAACUGCCUGCUGAAGCAGCGGAACGAGCUGCUGGAGGCCGAGAGCGCCGAACUGGCCGAUCGCCUGGUGCGCGGCCAGGUUUCCCGGGCUGAGGAGGAGGAAACUAGCUAUGCCAUUCAGACGGAGCUGAUGCAGUUGCGGCGCUCCUACUUGGAGGUCUCCCAUCAGCUGGAAAACGCCAACGAGGAGGUUCGCGGCCUGAGUCUUCGGCUGCAGGAGAAUAAUGUAUCCAUCGACAGCAACAACUCCCGGCAAUCGUCCAUCGACGAGCUCUGCAUGAAGGAGGAGGCGCUGAAGCAGCGCGACGAGAUGGUCUCCUGCCUGCUGGAGGAGCUGGUCAAGGUGCGUCAGGGCUCCGCCGAGAGCGAGGAUCAGAUCAGGAACUUGAAGGCCAAGGUGGAGGAGCUGGAGGAGGACAAGAAGACGCUGCGCGAGACGACGCCCGACAAUUCGGUGGCCCAUCUGCAGGACGAGCUGAUUGCCAGCAAGCUGCGCGAGGCGGAGGCCUCACUCUCUCUCAAGGACCUCAAGCAGCGGGUGCAGGAGCUGAGCAGCCAGUGGCAGCGGCAGCUUGCGGAGAAUCAGCGCAGCGAAAGCGAACGCACCACCAAUGCCGUCGAUUCGACGCCCAAAAAGCUGCUGACCAACUUCUUCGAUAGCUCCAAGAGCAGCGAGCACACCCAGAAACUGGAGGAGGAGCUGAUGACCACGCGCAUUCGCGAAAUGGAGACGCUCACCGAGCUCAAGGAGCUGCGGCUGAAGGUCAUGGAGCUGGAGACCCAGGUCCAGGUGUCCACCAAUCAGCUGAGGCGGCAGGACGAGGAGCACAAGAAGCUCAAGGAGGAGCUCGAGAUGGCCGUGACCAGGGAGAAGGAUAUGGCCAACAAGGCGCGCGAGCAGCAGCACAGAUACUCGGAUCUGGAAUCUCGCAUGAAGGAUGAGCUGAUGAAUGUGAAAAUCAAAUUCACCGAGCAAAGCCAAACGGUGGCCGAACUGAAACAGGAAAUUUCCCGACUAGAGACCAAGAACUCGGAGAUGCUCGCCGAGGGCGAACUGCGCGCCAAUCUGGACGAUUCGGAUAAGGUGCGCGAUCUGCAGGACAGGCUGGCCGACAUGAAGGCGGAGCUGACGGCGUUAAAGAGUCGUGGCAAGUUUCCGGGCACAAAACUGCGCAGCUCAUCGAUCCAAUCGAUCGAAUCAACGGAGAUCGACUUCAACGAUCUGAAUAUGGUGAGGCGCGGAAGUACGGAGCUGUCGACAUAACCUAGAGAUCGAUCCGGAGAACCAGCAGAUGAUCCUCACCAACCAAUAGCCACAGCCACAACCAGGAGAAUAGCAGCGAGUGAGAGGGAAGAGAAAAAUCGGGGCAGUACAGGAUACACCCAUAUCUAUAUGGGGAAUAUUGAGCAGCAGCGAGGUGAAGCCGAUUUAUAUAUAUCGAUAUAUAUGUAAGGGCAGGCCUGUGAUCACAAAAGCGAAAGUGGAAGUAAUUCAGAGGAGAAAAGGAGCAAGGUAGUUGGCAGAAUAGUUGCAAUCCCAUAACAAUAUUAUUUAUGUAUAAUAUUCGUUUAAACCUUACUAUUACGAUACGAAAUAUUUUAUUACGAUUAUGUUUAUCUAUUUUUUUUUGGCAAUAAUUUUAUUACUGUUAUGUUUUCGAUUUCGCAAUCGAAACACACUCAUAUUUAUUUAUUUUAAAUCCUAAUUGAAACGAUAUUGUGAGAGUAUUUUAAACCCCCCGUGUACAUUGAUCGAUGGCAACUGAUCUGGAGGAGAUUUGCAUUUGGAUAACCCCUAGAUAUAUGUAUCUAUAUAUCACAAUGCAAUACAAUGAAUUUUAUGUAAUCCCCCGAGACCCCAAACCCCAUACCCAUUUCCAACCAGGCAACCUGUGAACCCCUUUUAAUGUAAGUUUUAAACGAAUCAAAUUGUUCUUUGGCCAGGCGCGAAAAAGGUUUUUAAUCAAAAUGGAAUACUUGAUUUGUCCAUUUGAUUUGUAUUAUGAUUUCAUCCUGUAGAAUGAUAUUAACUCUCAACCAUACACACACAUUUGUCUGGAAUGAAUUUUGUAACUCUCGUAUAUAGUAAGCUAAACCAAUCUAAAAUCUAAAACUAAAAUAAAACCAAGUGCGAAAGACAAAGUAACAAGCGUGGCCAAAUGCAGAGAGAAAUGCACGAUGAUGAGAAACUGACAAAACCAAUAUAUAAACAACUAUUCAAAAUAGUUAAAAACGAUAUGUGAAAGAACCACGAAAUAGGGGACCCCCAUUUUCUCCCCGCUUAAGAACGAUAUUACGAUAACGACUACGAUAUUCACACUACUUACGAUAUUCUACUUAGUUAACGGUAGCGCUUGUCUAUAUACCUAAAAACAAAAGAAGAACGUAUGAUUUAUAUAUGGUUCCUUUAACCCAUAACGAUCUUAAACGAUUUGGCAGCUGGUCGCAAAAGCCGAUUAUCCACAAACAAUAUAAUAAUAAUUCAGGUUGAACCGUUUUCCAUGUGCAAUAUUAUCUACCUAUAUUCUUUUUUUUUUGUUUCUUAAUUAAAUUAAAUUUCUUUGUCUAUAAGGAGUUUAUUUUUUCGUUUUAUCAUUUGUUUGCAUGACGUCCUCAGUGUUUAGGUUUGUUACUUACCGCGUUUAAGACCGAUGAACUUAAUUUGUGUAAUUCCAUUGAAUUGACCAUCAUGACAAAGCGAAACUUCUUCCAUAAGAAGUUAGAGAUCGAUGUAAUAUGUUUCGUAGCGUGUAAGAAUGUAGGAAUGGCGAAAAUGAUGUCACAAAACUUUGUUAUGUAAACACUAAGUAUAUGUAAUGCUUAAGUUUUGUUCCCGACUUUUGCAAAACUAUUAGCAUUUUUUGUUCUACGCGAUAAUAAUUAAUUAUUAACGAUUAUGAUUAUGUGUAAUGUAUGUACUGUAUAUGUAUUCAUGUCUGCGGCUAAAAGACGAGGCUGCUGGGGGCAGUAUUAACAAUCAGCGAGCAGAGUUAACAGACAUUUUAAUAUAUACAUAUAAAAAAAAAAACAUUCCCAAGAAAGUUAAAUUUAACCCCCCAGAAAUCAGAAGAUUCCCCCGACAGCCUCGGGUCUUAAGAAAUUGGCAAGUCUAGAGUUAAUUGCGCAUUAUGUUAUAUGGCAAGCGAAGGCACAAAUUAUACGAUAUCUAAAAUCUAAAAUAGUUUAUACAAAUUUAUACAUGCAAAUAUGUGGAGCAUUAUUGUUGGCCAAAGUCUAGACUUUUUGGCCCGCGUAUAUAGUUGGUGUUAACCGAUUGACCAAUAAGUGUGGAAUUUGUGUGCGAAUUACUGAUCAAAUAAUUGAACCACUUAGGUGAUGAGUCACAAAAGUCGAUGGCAGCUAAAUUUAAUGGCUUGUCAGUUCGAUUUGAUAUUGAUAAAUGUGAACAAGAAAAGACUUUGCAGUUUAUCAAUUCGGCUUGCGAGUGCCAACGACAUUUUGGCCAGACAGAAAGCAGACGGCAACGAUUUGUUGACCCUGCCAGACAAAACGGUCGAAACUCCAUUGAAACCAAUUAAUUAGCGGGCACAACCACUCGCAUAUAGCAUAUACUUAAUGCAAAUAAAUCAAGUUCAGCUUCCAAAAGGCAGUAGUCUUCAAUGUUCAUUUUGAUUUGCACUUAUUUAUUGCGUCUUGCGUUUCUUGUUUCAUUCAUUGUUGAUCAUUGAGCAAAAAAAAGAACAACAACCAACCGACAAAAUUCAAAUCACAAAAAAUGGAAUGUAGUUGACAACAAAAUACCACAACAAAUAGUGUUAUAUACUUUACACAUACAAAAAAAACAAUAUAUAUAUAGAUAUAUAUAUACAUAACUAUAUCAAUAUAACGAUAAAACUGAAAACUGGAGAACAGAAGAGAGAUAACUCGCAGCAUGAAAGAAGUAACAUUCGACUAAAACUACAAAAAUCAAUAAAAUUAAACAGAUAUACAAAACGAAAUCAAAGUUACAAUUUUUAGUAUUAAAUAAAUCAAAUGAAAACCAAAA